CCUGUUGUAGGUGCUUCUGCUUGUGCGUGACAAACGAAGAGCUCUCUGUUUGGCCAAUAGACUUAUUUUUCUUUCUGUAUUAGCUUACAUGUAAUUAGAAGUUUCUCCGUUUAUCUGCUUACAAUUUUGUUAUUUAUCUGCCGAGUUGUUCCUCCAGGCAGAAUACUUUUCAUUUGUAAUUAAGUGAAUGCACUUUACGAGUUGCACUUAAUCCAUAUUACUACACCAGUGGACAGCAAGUGUUGGAUUUUUAUCAACAAGCAUCAUGUGUGUGAUUUGAAGAGGAAACACCUGCUGAGGACCUUAAGGUGCUGCGAUCACUGAGGCUUCCCGUCUGAACUUAAAGCAGAAGUCAUCAUGAAGUCUCUAUAAAAGUUUUACAGCCGAGAAAGGAAGCUGACUCAGAUAUCCAGCUUUUACUUUUGGAUUAGAGAUGGAUCUGACCGGGCAAAGGUUAAAGUACCUGGCGCUGCUGUUACUCUCUGUGAUCUGUGUGCAGGGAGACUUCGUGGAGCCCCCUCAGCCCGACACCUCGCUGCGCUCCUUUGCAGAGAGUGAGACCAGACUGCCCUGCCACUACCAGGUGGAGGGAAAGCAGAAGGUGGUGCAGGUCACAUGGUACAAGGACCUCCCAGACGGCAGCAAGGAUCAGAUCAUCACUGCUCACUUUGUGGACGGACACACAGAGUUUGGGCGUUACUCCGGCCGGGUGAGGUUCGAGAGCGGGAGUCCCACGGUGAACUCGGCUCUUCUCAUCCCGAACACGGAGGAGUCGGACAAGGGCAGCUACACCUGCCACAUCUCCACCUUCCCCAACGGAAACUUUGAGAGGCACAUCACACUCACCGUCUGGAUUUUACCCAUCUCCUCUCUGGACCCGGUGAUCCUGGUGGAGGGUCAGUCUUUCCGUGUGGCCGCCUCCUGUCGAGCGGUGGGCCGCCCGCCCCCCACUCUCACCUGGGACACCGACCUGCCGGGACAGUCCCUGGACCGGACCCAGGAGGGCGGGUCCGUGUCCAGCUACUACUCCCUGCACCCGCUGCGCAGCAUGACGGGGAAGAAGCUGGACUGCCUGGUGUGGCACCCCGGCCUGGAGCAGCCGCGCCGCAUCUCCAACCACCUGGUGGUGCAGUACCCCCCAGAUGCCAUCAUCUCCUCCGCUACAGAGGACUGGUAUGUGGGUAUGGAGAACGCUGAGAUGAUCUGCAGCGGCGGAGGAUACCCCAAACCUCAGAACAUCACCUGGACGAGGAAAGGAGGGGCUUUGCCGGAUGGGGUGUCCAUGGUUGGAGAAAAACUAGUUUUUGGGCGGGCCCUGCACAUGAAUGACAGCGGGGUCUACGAGUGUGUGGUCAGGAACGAGGUGGGAGCAGGAGCAGCAGAGUUUACAGUAACAGUCACAGAGACCAGACGUCAGGGUGAGACCCCCGUCGAAAACCUGCUUCUGAUCAUCAUCGGGGCGUCAGCCGGGGCGUUGGUCCUGGCGCUGGUCCUGGUCGUCCUGCUGGUUAACCGCUACCAUCGACACAAAAACAAGAAGCUUGAGAUGGAGCUCAGCGAGAAAACGGAUGAAAUUCAAAGCUUCUCCAGACAAGCCUCCUUUAGGAGACUCAACUCAGUCAGCACAGACCCCAGAGUGCAGUCUGAAGAUUACGGCUUGCUCAGAGUAGACAGCCGAAUGAAAAACAGCGAAAUCUCUCUGGAACAGCCCAUCUAUCGAGGCAGCCAGUCCACUCUGGGGGGGAAGUGGGGGCCCUCGGGGGUGGUGGAGGUGGACGAACUGGGACGUCCCGUUGUCUGGCAAAACGGCAGGGAGAGCCUGAGAGGAGCAGAGCUGGAGGAGAAGGAGGAGCGCAGGAGGAGGGUGGAGUCGUACCUGAAGAGCAGCAACAUGUCGCUGGACUCAGGUCUGCCCUCUUCCCUGGUUCCCCUGAAGGCCCAGCAGGACGAAGGCGAGGGGCCCACACAGCCGGACCCGCCCCCCCCCAGAGAGGGAGACUCUCCACAGGGGGUGGGAGAGGACUGGCCCCCUCCCCCGGUGGUGGAGGGGCACGAGGAGGAGGUGGGCAGCAGCUCCUACAUCUCAGAGGCCCUCAACAACCACUUCUACUACAGCAACGGGAUCCUCAGGCCGAAGCCACACUCCAACGCCAUCCUGCUGCACCCCCGAGGACAGAUCAUCUAAACACAGAACAUUAUGGCUUUAUUAGACAGUGGAGAGAUAAUAGGAAAUAAGGGCAAGGUUCCUUACCAGACAAGAACCAGAGAUGUUAUGGAUGACCACCAGUGUGCCCAAUAUUCGGACAUUUUUCUAUCCUCAUUAAUUUGGUUGACAGCAUGUUUUGCCUUUGUUAACCACAAUAGCAUGUAAAUUAGAAUUCAUUUUCUCCUUGAACGUGUAAGGAAUAAGGUUCCUGUUACAAGAAUGUUUACUGUUUUAACUGCAGGGGGCCGAAAUCACCCAACCUCUGCUCUGGUGACUUGUACAUAUGUAAAUCCACAAAAGGGAGAGUCCCAAUUUAUCCUGACUGCCAACAUAAGGUGCCUAGUUUACAAUCCUUCAGGGAGGAACAUCAAGACAGGGACACAGUUUCUGAGCUCUAAUGCCUGGUCAUAUCAAGAGUCAACUGUCCUCAAAGCUUUGGUAUUUUCAGCCUGGAUGCAGCUGAUGUGUGUGAAUUUGUGUAUGUAACAUAUGUAUGUAAAUAAGGAAGAGCUAUAAGGAGAUACUGUAUAAAUGUAAGUCAUUAAAGGCCAACUACAAGAAUGUCAAAAAGGGUGCAGACCUGAACACAGACGGUUACUCUAUGGAUACAAGCAGCUAACUGGUAUCCAUAACCAGACCCAAACAGCAGAGCAACGAUCUGUAUCAGCGUCUCGGUUGUGUCGAAAUGUACAUUUUUUGUUUUUCUAUGAAAUUGAAAAAGAGACAUAUACAUGUUAAAAGGUUUAUUUGUAAAAGUA